CACACGAAGAUCAACAAGAACUGCUGUAAAUCCCUCGAGUUUUGGUUUAUUGAAUUAAUUAUAUAGAAAAGACAAUGCAGACACCAAGCUAUCACCCACCUUGCACAAAUCUGAAAGUCUGGUGUAGUUUCAGAUCCCAGAAAGAACCAAAACCCAAACCAUGAAAACUAGAUAACAAACCAAUUGCCUUGCCUCAUUUUCCAUUUCCAAAUCCAUUCGAUAAAAAACCCGACCCAAAAAACAAAAGUCUGCUUGCUUUUAUCGUUCAUGGGAAAGGCACUUCCUUCAGCAACCAGAUUCCAAGAGUUCACCAGAGUUGUCUCUACGGACAAGCCAGGCCAGACGCACCAAGCAAGUCUCGCAAGUCCGAAUUGCGCCCUCACAAGCACCGAAAUAGGAGAGCUUUCGGGUCGACCCGGAGCGAAUUAAGCAGAAGAUGGAGAGCUCCGAGGCCCAAAGCCGAGUUCCGCUGGCCCAGGUGGUCUCAGACUGCGUGAAACGGUAGUUCCAGGACACGCUCAAGGAGGCCAAGGUGGGUGAUAGCUCCACGCAGGUCUUGGUGGGUCAGAUGUAUUACAUCGGUUUGGCGUUUCUAGAGACGCCAAAAAGGUUUGAAUUUUAUUUUUGGGUUUCUUUGAUUCUGCUUAGUUUUUGCUUUCAAAUUGUUAUAUUUGUUUUGUGUGCAUUUUUGGAUUGGAGGUUAAGGACUUUAAGUUUAAGUUCUCUGUUUUGGUGGAGGAGAUGAAGCUGGCGAUACCAGUUCAGUCGAAAGAAGGGUUUGUGAGUGCAGAGGAAGUGGAGAAGAAGGUGUCGAUGUUGAUGGAUGGGAAGAGUCUGAGAUUACCCUCAACAGAAGCAGCACGUGACAUUCACGUGCUAAUACCAGUGUGGUGGAGGUGGUACUACUGGGGAUCUCCAAUUGCUUGGACAAUCUAUGGCAUCUUUGCAUCUCAAUUUGGUGACAUUAAGACCGUUAUUGAUACUCCUCAAGGACCUCAGAGAGUGGAUCUAUACCUUAAGGAAAAUCUAGGUCAUGAACAUGACUUUGUAAUACCUGUGUUCUUCGCUCAUAUAGGUUGGGUCCUUCUCUUCUUCUUUGUCUUUGCCUAUGGUAUCAAGUUCCUUAAACUUCACUCUGCAGCUGAGCUGAGUGACCUUCAGGAUGUCAAAUAGAUUGUUCCCUAUUAAUUUAGCAUAGCAGUGAGUAGCAGUGAUCUUCAGGACAGCUUUUCCCUAUUAAUUUGUUUAAUAUGAAAAUACUGGUUGUGCUCUUCAUUA